AGUGCUAUCAAAUCCAGGUCUGGCAACGCUGCCCCGUUGAUGCAACACAUUUUUAGAAAAGGAAUUAUAAAAAUAAAUAGAUAAUCAAUUAAAACAAAAACCCGCCAUGCUAAGCCUGAAAACAGUCACACAGCUUUUCAAGCACACCCUGUCAGCAGGCAACAUAGCAAUUGUCAACACAGCCGGCCUCAAGUACUUCGCCCCGCCCAUCAAAUACCAGAAUGUGGAGCAGCCGGAGCGGCCCAAGCUGAGGAUCAUGGAGCGCCAGCCGCAGCUGCCGCCAAACAUCCGUCCGCCCAAGAUGCAGAAGCGCCUACGCUACAUGCGCGGUCCGGAGACGGUGCACAACACCCUGCUCCACAAGCAGUACGCGAUCGUGGCCACCGGCGGCGGACGACUGCGCUGGGGCCAUUACGAGAUGAUGCGCCUGACCAUCGGUCGCAAGAUGAACGUCAGCACCAUGUUCGCAACGUGGCGCGUCCCAGCUCCCUGGCAGCCCAUUACCAAGAAGGGCCAAGGACAGCGCAUGGGCGGCGGCAAGGGGGCCAUCGAUCACUAUGUGACGCCCAUCAAGGCCGGUCGAGUCAUCGUCGAGAUCGCCGGCAAGUGCGAGUUCGUCGAGGUGAAGUCGUUCCUUCAGCAGGUGGCCAACCAGCUGCCCUUCCAGGCCACCGUCGUCUCCCAGGAGAUGCUCGACGAGCAGCGCGCCGCCGAGGAGGAGCACGCCCGCCAGAACCAGAACCCAUUUACCAUGAAGUACGUGAUCCAGAACAACCUGAGCGGCUGCCAUCGAUGGCUCUCGCCCGUCGACCACAAGUGGUUCGGCAAGCACCUGUAGACGUACGACUCUCCCGCAAUAAAGAAAGCUUUGUUAAUCUGUUA